AGAAUAAUAUGCCUCCACUUUCUCUCCUUUUAUCUUUCCCUUUUCCCUACACUAAACAAACUUCCACCUUUGAGAACCAAGCCCCCAAUGUUAAAUACCAUAGUCUCCUCCUUCCUCUUCUCAUCAUCUUGGUUGUUGCUUUCAUGUUCAACUCUACCUGAAGCAGAGCAUCAUUCUGACAAUGUCUGUGGGCUCCUGCGGAGGCUUCAAAUGCCCUUCACGUCGUCUGGAAAACAUCGAGGAAGAUGGGCCUGCGAGUUGGCUGCCGGAGACAUGUGCGCCACCAGAAACUCCCAUUGAGUCCAUGGAGUUUCUUGCUAGAUCAUGGAGCCUCUCGGCCAUGGAGCUCGCUAAGGCUCUUGCAGCUGACAACCUGGACAAGUACUCCGCCUUCUGUUCGGUUGGCAAUGAAGCUGAAAUUCAUGUUGCAAGUUCUGUGGCUUCAGAGGAAGCUAUUAUUCAACAAUUACCAGGUGGGGGUAGCCCUCCAAUUUCUCCUAGGGAUAGUGAUGACAUGAAGGAAUUAUUUCUACUUCAUCAGGCGCUAAACCCGGAUUUCCUAUCAAAUCAACAGUUACUCAGAAAUGGGCUAUAUAAAAGCAUAAUGAGAGGGAAAACAUUUGGGAGAUGGUUGAAAGAUCAAAAGGAGAGGAAGAAGCAGGAGAUUAGAACUCACAAUGCCCAGUUGCAUGCAGCAGUAUCCGUUGCAGGAGUUGCUGCUGCUGUUGCGGCACUUGCUGCAUCAAAUGCGGCAUCGCCUGAAGUCUUGGCCACCCAACACAAGAAGCCUUCCAAAACAUCUGCUGCAAUUGCAUCUGCAGCAGCGUUAGUGGCAUCCCAUUGCAUUGAAAUUGCUGAGGACAUGGGAGCUGAUCAUGACCACAUCUUAAUGGCUGUUAACUCAGCAGUUAAUGCCAGGACUAAUGGCGAUAUCAUGACUCUAACAGCUGGAGCAGCUACUGCCUUACGUGGAGCUGCCACUCUAAGGGCAAGGCUGCAAAAGGGGUGCGGAACUGCAACCCUUGUUCUUUCUGAGGAACAGAUUGAGGAAGGCAGAGAAUCAAACAUCUUGAUUGCACUGAACUUUGUCUCUAGGGGAGGAGAACUUCUUAAACGCACUAGGAAAGGAGCACUCCACUGGAAGCAAGUUUCUUUCAACAUAGAUUCAUGUUGGCAGGUGGCAGUUAAAAUGAAAAGCAAGCAUAUGGCAGGAACAUUUACAAAAAAGAAGAAAUGUGUAGUCUCUGGAGUCUAUUGUGACAUUCCAGCAUGGCCGGGGAGGGAGAGGGAAGAGAGCAGCGAGCAGAGGGCUUACUUUGGGAUAAAAACAGAUGACAGGAUAAUAGAAUUUGAAUGCAGAAAUAACAGUGAUAAACAAAUGUGGGCUGAAGGGAUCCAGUAUAUGUUGCACUGCCGGGCUAGCAUGAUAUGAAACCGAAACAAACUUAAAUUUGGAUUAGUGGAGAAGUAGAUUGUGAUUUUUGUAAGCAAUUAACAUGGAAUGAACAUCUCAAGCUUCCUAAACAGGUGUUGAGGGAAGGGUCAGAAAGCACAUAUUACAGCUGCUACAGUGUAUAUAGAGUGAUUGGUUAUCUACAUGAUGGGAUUGAACACAUUUUCAUUUCAGGAGCUUUUGUAAGAAAAGUGGCUCAAGGAGAUAAUUUUAAUAAACAAAAUUGUAAUGAAUCCUUUCAAGGAUUCAGUCAAG